AUGCCUCUUCUGGACCCUGAGGUGAUCGUUUUAUCAGACAGCGAGGAGCAGGAAUCGCAAGAUCUUUUUGAGUCGCCUACUAAUGAAAAGAAGUCCAGAAGUUUCAAUGAUGAUUCGGACGACUUAUUCUCAUCUCCUGAACAAGCUAAAGAUUGUUGUGUGGUGGAAUAUCGAAAAAAGACAUCUUCCUUAAGUCCAAAGUCGAACGUACGGAAUGGGACCGAAUCAAGAAACAGCAAUGGGAGGAUGAGACGGUCAUCAUCCGUUAUUGUUUCUCCUCGGAAAAGUCUCACACCUUCGCUCGUUUGGCGUCGAAAAAGGAAAUCAACUUCUUCAACAGAGAGGAAAUCGCCUUGGUCUUAUCCAUUGGUAGGAAAGAAGUCACCUAAACAAAUUAAGACAAGUGGUUCUCCUGAAGGAUGUGACUCAUGGACAAAAGCUCGGUUGAAUUCAAUCUCUAAAAAGUUCGAGGAGCGCAAGAAAAUGAUGAUUGAUUUGGUGCAAAAGGAUAAGGACUUUCUCGAUAUAGUACGCGGUGGAGCUCUAGACGAAGUGCAGAAAAAGGCUAAAGAGCGACUAGUAGAAGGUGCUGUGAUCCGAAACAAAGCUGAUCGUGCAAGAAUGAAAGGAGUCGCAUGUGCUACAUCCAAAGCAUACUUCGAUGCUCUUGAACUGAGUCCUCAAUCAAAAGAGCAACGCAUCAACGAGGUGAGCAGGAUCCGUGUGGUAGCUCAGCAAAUGCCCAGCACUCCUGAAAACUACUGGGAGGUGGGAUUUCCUUCGGAGUCAGAGCAGCGUCGUCGAGGUCUCAUCAAGGAGGUGAGAAAGAAGUCUGGUAGAAAGUUGUUUCAAUCAGAGGACACAAGCUUUAGCAAAUGA